UUAACUUGUAAACGUGAAAGUGAAGGAAAAACUAAUAUGCUCUUAUGUAUAUAAAAUUUCUGAAACGAAUUCAAAGUUUUAAGUACCGAUUGCGGUCAAUAUCAAACAAAAAGUAAAAAAAAAGCUUUAAAUUUGCAUAAAAGCGAUUGUGAUCCUGAUAAAAGCGACGAAUAAUGCUUUUAUUGACUACGAUUUCUCGUAGUGGUUGUAAAAUCAUUAUUUCAGUAUUGGAAAGCAGCAGAGUAGAUUAAACAAUUUAUCCUAUACUGCUGUGAUACUAGUCUCAUCUCGUAUUGGAUUUAUCACAUAGGAACUUUAGUAAACAAUUAAUUAAUAUAGAAGUUAUUCACAUGUUCUAUUUUUUAUGUAGUUGGAACUUAAUUGUUUAUGGUUUUUAUAUUGAUGAGAGCAAAAAAAAUUUAAACAUUUCUGAAAAUGAUUCAAAUGCGGACAGUUGUCCAGAAGCCGUACGAUGAAGAAUUUUAAUGACUAUUUACCAUGAAGAUUAGGAAGUGCAGAUUCCUGAGUAACUAAUGAUAUUGAAAAUUCUAGAUCACACUUAACUGAAAAUAUGUUACUUACUUGUCUACAGUCCAAUAUUGUGCACGUGCAAUAAUACAAUUUAAGCAAUGUCGUAUGGAAAUUCUGAUUGCUUUACAAAUCCGGACAUGCUCGCUAACUGCAACGGAGAUAUAAAGCACAAGGAAAUGAACUCCAAUCAUAAUGAAAAUGAAAAGUUUCUACCUCAUGACCACCAUAAACGGAAGGACCCUCGUAAUGGUAUGACUGAAAAACGAAAAGACAAAAAAGAAAAGCAAAAUGUUAUGAACAAUACAAUGGACGUUGUCGUACAUGUGCAUGAAACAGAGGGUUGCUCAAGGAGAUGGACUAAUCGUGAAAAAUACUUACUGUGUUUGUGUUCUCUUCUGUUCUUUGCUUGUGUAGCUUUUGUCGUCGUGGCCUUCAUUCGAGACAGUAAUCAUGUGCCUGUAAAUUAUAAUGUAUGCAUUUCUCAGGAGUGUAUAAAGACAGCUACUUUAUUAAUGGAUGCUAUGGAUACAUCAGUUGAUCCUUGUGCGGACUUUUUCCAGUACGCAUGCGGAAGUUGGAACAAAAAGCAUAUAAUACCAGAAGACAAAUCGAGUUUUAAUACAUUUGAAAAAAUGCUGGAUGAUUUACAGAUACAACUAAAAGGUUUGCUUGAAGACCAACCAAAUGACCACGAUACGGACGCAACAUUAAAAGCCAAAACACUAUAUAAAUCAUGCCUCAACACAAGUCAAAUAGAUAGGAUUGGUGACAAGCCUUUACGGCUUGUUUUAGAUAGAUACGGAGGUUGGCCUGUAGCUAGUAAAAGUUGGGAUCCAGACACAUUUGAUUUAGAAUUAGUUUUAGGAAGAAUAAGGAAAAGUUUUGCUAAUGUUCCGAGCAUAGUUGACGCAUGGGUAGCUCCAGAUGAUAAGAACUCAACACAAAAUAUAAUUCAGAUAGAUCAACCAACACUUGGCAUGCCCAGUCGGGAAUAUUACGUGUACGACCCAAACUCCGAGUACAUUGAAUCCUACUUGCGAUUCAUGAUAAAUGUUGCAAUACGGUUAGGCGCAGAUGAAGAUACUGCAGUAAAGGAAAUGCACGAGGUGUUUGAUUUUGAGACCCAAAUUGCAAAUAUCACUAAGCCUCUAAAUGAGAGACAUGACACUGGAGCAAUAUAUAAAAAGCUUACCCUUAAAGAUCUUAUACAGCUUGUUCCAAAAUUUGACUGGAUGAAAUUCUUUUCAGCCUCUAUACCUGUUCCUAUUGAUGAAACAGAAGAAAUGGUCACCUAUUCUCCAGAAUAUUUGGUUCAUAUGACAGAAAUAUUGGAGAAGGCUGAUAAAAGGGUGAUAGCGAAUUAUGUUAUAUGGAGACUUGUUAUGUCUUUUGUCCCCGAAAUGACUGGUGUUUAUUCAACAAUCAGAAGUGAUUACAAUAAAAUACUGCUGGGUGUGACAAGAGACAAACCGCAGUGGCAGAAAUGUGUCGAAUAUGUAAACGACAGAAUGGGUAUGGCAUUAGGAGCACUUUUUAUUCGUGACAAUUUCGACGAAGAAAGUAAAGAAACGGCGCUAAAAAUGAUCCACAACAUUCGUGAUGCUUUUAACGAGUUACUUGAACAAAAUCUAUGGAUGGAUAAAGACACUAAAGAAGUCGCAAAGGAGAAGGCAGAUUCUAUGAACGAAAGAAUCGGAUAUCCAGACUUUAUUAAGAUUCCAGACAAACUAAAUGCCAAAUAUGAAGAAUUACAUUUUGAUGAAGAUCACUAUUUUGAAAAUUAUCUUCAAGUUGAAUUAUAUGAGGCAAAGAAGACUUUAAAAGAUCUUAGAAAUCCCGUUGAUAAAAAUCUAUGGGAUCAAGAUCCUGCAGUUGCAAAUGCUUUUUAUAACCCGAAUACAAAUGAUAUUGUUUUUCCUGCUGGAAUUCUGCAACCACCUUUCUACAGUGCACGAUUUCCCAAGUCACUUAAUUUUGGAGGAAUCGGAGUUGUUAUUGGCCAUGAAAUAACACAUGGAUUUGAUGAUAAAGGUCGACAAUAUGAUAAGGAAGGUAAUAUGAAACAGUGGUGGAAAAAUGAAACAAUAGAAGCAUUCCGACACCGAGCACAGUGCAUCAUUGAUCAGUAUUCAGGAUAUAAGUUAGAGCAAAUUGGUCUUAACAUUGAUGGUAGAAACACCCAGGGAGAAAAUAUUGCUGACAACGGAGGAUUAAAGCAGGCAUAUCGGGCAUACAGAAAAUGGGUUAAAGCAAAUGGUGAAGACUCUAUUUUACCUGGACUUGACUUAUCUCAUGACCAGUUGUUCUUCUUAAAUUACGCACAGAUAUGGUGUGGGAACAUGAGGGAUGAGGAAGCCCUUCAAAAAAUUAGGACAUCAGUGCAUAGUCCAGGAUCUAUUCGAGUGCUUGGUCCAUUGUCUAAUUCUGUUGACUUUUCCAAAGCAUACAACUGUCCAAUUGGAAGCAGAAUGAACCCUGUAAAGAAAUGCUCAGUUUGGUGAUCAUUCCACAGAAUUCCACAUCUGACUAUGCACCCAAAAACCAGAAAAGCCAGUCAAAAUAUUUAUAUACAUUUAUGAUCCGACUGUUCUUAACUGGAAGUGGAUGAGAAGGCACUAUAAAACGCAUAUACGCUCUUCAUACAGUCUUGAUGUACAAAUAAUUUUGAAGAAAAUUUACUGACAUUAGAAGUGAUGAUGUUAAAAGAUAUUCCUGGCUGUAUUAUGCAUAACGAAUCUCAGCUGCAGUUCGAUUACACAACAGCGUUAUUUUAUAUACCGAUAUAAACCUGUAAUAAAUGUUUUAAAUUACCUCGAUAUGUUUUAUGUACGUUUUUUUUAUUACAACGUAUAUAUUUAUUCAAUUGUGCUAGAAUACUUAGAUACAUGAGAUAUGUAUUAACGGGUUUGAAACAGUAAAUACAAAAAGGAUUCAAGUACUUUAUCAAUUUGACAAAAGCGUUCUUAUGACCGGUUCUAUUUUAAUUGUAAUUGGUGAUCAACUUUCGCUUACAUUUAAUUUAUCGCCCAUCAAACGGACUGUCAUCAGUCAUAAAGAUAUCAAUAUUAUAUUGUAAUGACAGCCUGUAGUAUUGAUAUAGUUAGGCACAUCUCUAAAUCGCAAAAGUAAACCGAUAUUGAUGGCUCUGAACGAUUAACAUGAACAUGCAUAUAUUUAGGCCAAUCCUUUUAUUGAUUUAUGUGUGCAUUUUGAUAAUGGAACAUAUUGUUAACAUUGUUAAUAUUGAUAUUUAAGGAGAUGACUUAUAAUGACGAAUGUACUAUAUUAUUUGAAAAUUGUUUUCAUUUAUCAAAUUAUGGUUUUACAGGAUAAAACGUUUAAAAAACCAGUAUGUAAUAAGGAAACAUCAUGUAUUGUAUAUAUUUUCAUUUUUGGGUUUUCAUAAGCUGUAAUAAUGUUUUUGAUAUUUAAUGAUUUAAGCGAUUAUUUGUCAAUUUUCAAUAACACAAUUUAGCUUCGUUUGAUAGAAGGAAGACAACUCUAGCUUGAAAAAUGUUUAAUCACCUAUUAUAAAUGCAUGAUAAGUUUGCUAAGUGUCAUUAUAAAGUUAGAAACAUUUAUUUUUGGAUUGUAUUUUGUGAUGACGAACUGUUUUAAAACAGUGGUAUUGAUUCAGAGUUUAGAAGCUCACAAUUGACUUUCAGUUUAAUAAGUGAUGCUUAUAAUUAAGCUUCAAAUUUAAAUUACAAUAAGAUUGUCCAUUAUAUGUUAUUGUCUAUAUUUAAAAAAUGUAUGACUGUUUGUGUUUCACAUAAAGAGUUCAAAAUACCAAUGAAAAUUCGUAAUCCAAUUAAAAGAUAAACUAAAUUGUACUCUUGGAAACUUAACAAAAUAUUCAGUGUGUCAUACAAGUGAGAGGUUUAGCUAGCUAUAAAACUAGAUUUAAUCUACCAUUUCCUACAUAAGGAAAUGUCUGUACCAAGUCAGGAAUAUGACAGUUGUUUUUCAUUCGUUUGAUAUGUUUGAACUUUUGUUUUUGCCAUUUGAUAAGGGACUUUCCGAUUUGAAUUUUCCUUGGAGUUCGGUUUUUUUGUUAUUUUACUUUUUUCGUAUAUCAUCAAUUAUGUACGUUCAAUACUUAAUGCAUUAUGUCACAUUCUUUUGGAAGAGUAUACUUUUGGUAAUAUGGAUCUAUAAACGGUUUUUGUCUUGUUUUUUAAACGUGAAAAGAUACAAGUCAAACUGUAUAUAUUUAUAUUUUAUAUGUUUUGUUGUGUAAGUACAUUUUGUAUGACUUUUUUAUAUGUGUUGUAUUUCUGUAAGAUUACAGAUAUCGUACUGUGCAGUGGAAACCAGAUUUCAUUUCUUAUUUUGUUGGAAACACUAUUAGUUGUACUACCGCAAACAAAGUGUCUAAAUAUUCAAAAUAUGUAUCUUAAUAUUCAAAACAUAUACAUUGAAGCCAUUCGGUGACCUAAAGUUGUUAACUUCUAUGUCAUUUGGUCUCUAGUUGAGAGUUGUCUCAUUGGCAAUCAUACCACAUGUUCUUAUUUUCAUAUUUGAAGGUUCCAUUAAAUAUUAUAUUGGCGUUGUGCAAGAAUUCUUUAACACAUUAAUAGUUAAAUUUUGUUAUCGUAGGUAAAUACAGUAUUGCAAGUUAUAAUAAUCAACUACAUGUUACCCUUUUAUAACUUUUAUAAACUAUCAACCAGUUACUUAUAGUGAUACAUUUGUAGGCCGUCUUUUAUAUAUCAUUGUUUUCUCUCUUAUAUUGCGUCAAAUUAAGGCCAUGCCAAAUUCAAGGUAAGUUCAUCUAUUAUGAAUAAUAAAUGUUAAAAAAAAACAUAUUCGACAAAUUUUUAAAUUUAGAACACACACAAAGUAAUUCGAUAAGGUGUAUUAGUAACAUCAUUGAUUGCAUACACCAGAUACCGUCUUUCAAAUCCAACGGAGCUGAACAUUAUUUCAUAUGGCCAAAGCUGCGUGUUCAAUAGUUUCUCUUUAUAAGAUCAAUUAAAUAGUAAAAUGUAA